AUGGCGUCGUACGGCGUCGACGGCGGCGGCGCGUGGAGCACGGUCCCGGUCCGCUCUCGCAGGACGGCGACGCCCGCACCUGCUCCUCGCGGCGGGGGCGACGACGACCGCGCGCCGGGGGCGGGCGGGCUCGCCGAGGCGGUGGAGGGGCUCGACAUCGGCGGCGGCGGCGGGGAGCGGCGGCUCGACAAGUACGAGAUCCCGGUGGAGGUGAGCGGGGAGGGCGCGCCGCCCCCCGCCGACGGGUUCGAGGCGGCCGGGCUGGCGGAGGCCGUGCUCCGGAACGUCGCGCGCUGCGGGUACGAGAGCCCCACCCCCGUGCAGCGCUACGCGAUGCCCAUCGCCAUGGCCGGGAGGGACCUCAUGGCGUGCGCGCAGACCGGGUCCGGGAAGACCGCCGCGUUCUGCCUCCCCGUCGUCAGCGGCCUCGUCGCGGCGGCGGCGGGAGGGUACGGGUGCCGGGACAGGGGGUCCUUCGAGCGCAGGGCGAAGCCGCGCGCGCUCGUCCUCGCGCCCACCAGGGAGCUUGCAGCCCAGAUUAAUGAGGAGGCCAAGAAGUUUUCUUUCCAAACUGGACUCAGAGUUGUGGUAGCUUAUGGGGGAACACCAAUGAAUGAUCAGCUGCGUGAACUAGAGAGGGGUGUCGAUCUUCUUGUUGCUACACCUGGACGCCUUGUGGACAUGGUUGAACGAUCAAAGAUCUCUCUUGAGGCGAUUAAGUACCUGGCAAUGGAUGAGGCUGACAGAAUGCUGGAUAUGGGGUUUGAGCCUCAGAUAAGAAAGAUAGUUGAUAUGAUGAAUAUGCCAAAAAAGUCUGUAAGACAAACUAUGCUCUUCAGCGCAACCUUCCCACCCGAAAUACAGAGACUGGCUUCUGAUUUCUUGCACAAUUACAUAUUUAUCACUGUUGGGAGGGUUGGGUCAAGCACUGACCUAAUUGAGCAGAAAAUUGAGUUUGUUAAUGAUAAGGAGAAAAGAGGCUUCCUGCUAGAACUCUUACACAAGCAAUCUGUUGGUGGGGGUAAUAGCAAGCAACCCCUAACAUUGAUCUUUGUGGAGACGAAGCGGGAAGCUGACACAUUGCGGUAUUGGCUAUACUCAAAAGGUUUCCCUGCAACAGCGAUCCAUGGUGACAGAACACAGCAGGAGAGGGAGAGCGCUCUGAGAUCCUUCAAGAGUGGCGCCACUCCAAUCAUGGUAGCUACUGAUGUAGCCUCAAGGGGCCUGGACGUUCCGAAUGUGGGUCAUGUGAUUAACUAUGAUCUCCCAAAGAGCAUUGAGGACUAUGUACACCGGAUCGGAAGAACCGGGAGAGCUGGGAAGGCUGGAAAGGCUACCGCCUUCUUCACCGAGUCGAACCACCCCCUGGCGAAGGGCCUGCUGGAGCUGAUGACUGAGGCGAAGCGUGACGUGCCCAAGUGGCUCGUGGAGUACGCUGACAGGCCGUGCUAUGGAGGUUCAAGCUACGGUGGAAGAGGCCGAAGGGGUGGUGGUGGUGGGUUUGGCGGUAGAGACUACCGCCGCAGCAGUGACUAUAGCUCUGGCUGUGGUGACUACAGCUAUGGUGGUGGUGGCGGCGGCAACUCUGGUGGCGGUGGUGACUACGACAGUGGUGGCGGCUACUCAGGUGGUGGUGGUGGCGGCGGCUACUCUGGCGGCGGUGGUGGUGGCAGCUACUCUUGCCGUGGUGGGGGCUACUCUCGUGGUGGUUGCGGCGGCUACUCUCGUGGUGGCGGCGGGAGCUCUCGUGGUGGCGAUGGUGGCGGCGGCGGCUCCUUCAGAUCAAGUGCUCCUCCUCCGCGGUACUACCCAUCGUACCCCAUGGGCACCACGGACAUCAGCGCCUCUGGCUGGGACUAGCCUGCACGCGCGUAUGCUCAGUGCACAUACCGUACAUAUACAUAUAUCCCUGGUAAAAUACGUAGGCACUUCUGGAAGUAGCUCGGUCUUCGCUGGUCCUUUUGCCUUGCCGGUCCUCGUCUUGUCCUGUGGUACACAUUGCCAUGGUGGUGGGUGGUGGUGCACAGGGGCAAUUGGCAGACGGUUCAAGUUGGGGGUUUUGGUUUUGCGUUGGUGUGGUGGCGGUAUUGUCACAAUGGGAACCCACUUGGUGAUUCAACUUGAAGGUUAUAUGUAUUCCUAUGGUGUGGUCUGUAAGGGGGCAAGUGACACUGCUAUUUUUGCUGUUCAAUCAAAGGCAGACCCGUUCAGUUUCA